UACUGGACAGCGACUGCGAGUCUCCUCCAGCCCGAGAUUUCGGGUGAGCCAUCUGGAUUCAACCUUUCAUUUUUCUUCUACCUUGGUACUCGGUCGCGAAAAAAAGUCUCAUCUACCAGGGGCAAGCGCUUGAUUGGCUCGAGCUCCAUCAGCGAUACAUCUAAGAGUGGCCAGGAACAGCACACAGCCAGAUCUGGUCGUCGAUCUUCCGGGUCAUACAAGCAGCCUGCAGCAAGACAGAUCUAUCAAGAUCAACCCGUCAACAGCCUUCCCACGUCAAUGGAGUAUGCCAACGCCGCUGCCACGGCAGCUCAAAAGAAUAAUCACACAAGCUUUGGUGGCUCUGGGGGUAAGUACUUGGAUUUCUCAAGUGUUUCUUGGCUGGCUGGCUGGCCCGACUGCGAGACUAGCCUAUUCGCAACAUUAUACAUCCGCCCCCCUCCCGUCCCCGCCACAUAUGACAUGCUAUGGCCGUUUAUUCCUGCGGCGCAAUAUGUACAAUGUAUCACACCUACCUAUGCUGGCGCAAGAGCCAUGAUAACUCACAGCUUGUGCCCACUUGCCGGCUGCGAUCACUUUCUUCCAUUAGCAAAUCAUUUAUCCUGGCUUCGGCGAGUUUUCAUCAUACAUAUUCCUGUUCGGCCCACCUCUAAAAUCGGGCUCGGCUUGCUUCCACCCUUUACCUCUAUAACAACCCCUCACGCAUCCAGUCGCCCACAUCGGGACGUCGAAAUACAUAUGACUGACAAAGCCACACAAUAGGGGAUCCCGAAUUGAGAAGGAAGUUGGCUGAGGCGGCAAGUCUUUUAACCCAAGCAAGCUCGGCAUCUUCAACCUCCUCCAAGGACAUUAGAACCAGCCU